AUGGGCUUCGCCAAGACGUGCGCCCGAGCCCUCAAGGCUCUGUGGAGCGGGGGCUCGGGGGCCCACGGCGCGAAGGGCGGGCCGUCGGGUCGUCCCCCAAGCGGUGCAGGAGCGGCCAGUGGGCGAGCGGGGGAGGAUGGCGGCGCGAGGUGCGGCGAGACGGGCCCCAAGCCCCUGGGUCCAACGCAGUGGGAGACGACGCCCGGCGCCCAGGGGCCGCGAUCAGGCGGUGGAGCUGGGGCUUCGGGGCCGCCCGGCCUCGCAGCGGCCGGGGGGACCGGCCUGAGGCGUCACAGCGGGGGCCGCGACGGCGAUCAGCGCCACGGCGCCGCCGACGGCCGCGGCGCAGACUUCCCGUGCGCCGACGACGCCGGGCCCCGCGCGAACCCCGUGCCACGCCGGCUGAAGAAUGUUCCCAUCAAGGGCCCCAAGGAAGGGGGCUGGAGGUUGGGCAGCGAGUGGCCGCGCGUGGAGGGCCUUCGCGGGGGCAGGGACCCGUCCAGGUGGCAGAGGGGCCCGAGAGCGGGCAAGGGCGGGAGGCCGUACCAGCCUGAGGCGCCCCCAGCGGGCGAUCCGGCCGGGCGGCCGGGCACGCAGCCAAACAUCGAGAAGCAGCUGGCGGCGCGGGGCGGGGCCGGCCAGUUGGGUGCCCGUAGGAAUCGGAGGUCGGCGUCCGCGGGGGCCAGGCUGGACGGAGGCGACCUGCGGCGGGGCGUCGCGCCGAAGGAACCGGGUGCCAGAAGCGGGCGGUCGACGGCCCCCGUGCUGGGCCCGCCGCCCAGGAAGAUGAUGUCACGGGCCAACGGCGCGCCGCCGUCGGCCGGGGACGAUCCCGGCCAGCGCGCCGGCAGGGGGACCGGUGCACGAAGCCGAGGGAGAGCGGGAUCCGCCGACGCCGGCCGUCGGGCCGAUCCGGCCGUGGACGGCGGCGGGAGCUCGUCGAGGUCGGAGCCGCGCAGGCGCGGCGACAGGGGCCCCGUGUGGGACAGGCUGAGCAGGUCCGCCUCGGAGUACUGGGGGAGACCCCAGGGGGGCGGGGGGCCGGCGCCCACCCUGCGCGAUCGCCGCAGCCUGGGCAGGGGCGAGCCCGCGGUGGAGUCCGCCCCGCCGCAGUGGAGGUCGUCGAGGUCGAUGUCCGCGCCCGGGCUGGCGCCGAUGCCGGCCGCGAGGGCGGGGGGCGGCAGGGAGCGGACCAGGAGCAGGGGCAGGCGCAGGGCGCUGCCCGAGCGCGCGAAGUCGGCGGAGCCGACGACGGCCGAGGCGAACAACAGGGCGAGCUUCGAGUUCCCCAAGGCAAAGCCCGAUCACAGGAGGAGGUCGAGGGCGUCGACGGAGGCGGGCGGCGGCGGGAUGAAGAGUUUGCCGGAAGGCAAGCAGGGCGUUGGUGAUGGGGAUAGGGCCAAGGGAGGGGAGGGGAAGGAGAACCGUUCCGCGGCCAUGAACGGGGGCGGGCCGGAAAAAUCGGAUCCCGUUUGCGAGGAGGCGGGCAGGCUGUCGCCCGACUCGCCAGACCGCCUGGAUGCAUUGCUCUGUGCCGGGAGUGCGCAUGGAUCGAGGGGUGGAUCGGUGGGAAGCCACAAACCGGACUGGAGCUUCAAGUGCAGCGGCGUGACGAGGAGCGCGGGGCCGAAACUAGAGAAGGUCAGGGAAGAUGUCG